GAGCUUCAGAAGUAGCUUAAGUCUUUAAUGUCAUGAAAGAUUUCAGAAAUGGGGAAACCGUAUUAUGAGUGAUGAACAGGGGGUUGCCCACCUGUUGCCUGUGAGUGUUUUGGAGGCCUGCAAAGCCCUUCAGUGGCACCCCAGCAAAUUGCCAAGAGUCUUUAUAAUACAUGCUAUUUAUUCAUCUCUUGCACACUACAACUAAUAAAAUGUAGUCAGUGACCUUAUUAUAGAAACAGAAAAAUAGGGAUACAUAUCAGCAUGAAAGAAGUUGCUGGAAAUCCAAUUAACAUCAAUGUAUAAGACUGUGAAGGCACAUCUUAGUUAAAACAGGUUACAAUAGUUGAAGGCCCUUUUUGUGUGGGGGUGUGUAUGGUGUGAGUGUGUGUUGUGGGGGGUUGCAUCAUGUGCCUGGGAGAGAGGAGUCAAAGUCGACUGGGAAGAUUUGAGGUGGCCCCAAUUAGUGUAGUGACGGGUAGAGGGAGAUAUGAUGCUGUGUGGAGGACUUGCCAGGUGAGGGGAACUCGGCCCAGGCAGUUAACGGCUGUGCUGCGUUCCGGUCCUCCACACACCCACAGGUUUGUUGGUUGCCCUAUCAGCCAGCUCUCCGAUCUCCGGAUGCUGCUCUUAAAUGCCAGAUCGGUACAUAAUCAGAUCUCUCUCAUCCACGAUUUAAUUGUGGAUGAGGCAGCUGAUCUGGCAUGUAUAACUCAGACCUGGGUGGGUGAGCAGGGAGGAGUUAGUCUCUCCCAGCUGUGCCCACCGGGGUACUUGGUUCAGCAUCAGGGUAGAUCUGAGGGCCAGGGAGGGGGGGUUGCUGUGGUCUAUAGGAGUUCCAUCUCUCUCUCCAAGCACCAUGUCCAUGCAACUACUGGUCUGGAGUGUUUGCACCUUGUGUUGGAUCAGGGGGACAGAUUGGGGAUUCUGUUGGUGUACCGCCCACCCCGCUGCCCAACAGACUCCCUAACUGAGCUGACGGAGGUGGUCUCGGCUGUAUUGUUGAGAUCACCCGGACUGUUGGUGCUGGGGGAUGUCAACAUCCAUGCCGAGGCUACCUUAUUUGGGGCGGCUCAGGACUUCAUGGCUUGCAUGACAACCAUGGGGCUGUCCCAAUAUGUUACUGGCCCAACACACGUGGCAGGGCAUACUCUAGACCUGACUUUUGCAACUGGACAUGGAGAUGGUGAUCUGAAUGUAGGGAGUCUUACAUCAGCCCCUUUGUCAUGGACAGAUCACCGCUUGUUGAGGUUUAGACUUACAGCAGCUUUUCCCCUCUGCAAGUGUGGAGGACCCAUUAAGAUGGUCCACCCCUGGAGACUAAUGAAUCCGGAUGGUUUUCAAAAGGCUCUGGGGAGUUUUCCGGCUGAUAGGGCUGGCGCUCCUGUCGAAACCCUGGUCGAACUAUGGAAUGCUGAAAUGACCCGGGCAGUUGACAUGAUCGCUCCUGUGCGCCCUCUCCUAUGUAGAGCUCCUUCAGCUCCAUGGUAUACUUCAGAGCUGAGAGCAAUUAAACAGGAGACGGCUUGAGUGCAGAUGGAGACGAACUCCUGAUGGAUGCAAUUAUGCACUGGUAAGUGCUAAUGGCUUUUGGGCCCAUUUUCUUUCUCACAGGGGAUGGAAUCAUUGUUAGCUCAUUAUGCUUAGUAAUUCCCUGUGUUGGGAAUGGGUUAACCACAGCACAGUAAUUUUGUGAAGGUCACACAGCUGUACCAGAUCAAAGGGGCUGGCUAUAAAAUACAAGCCCAGGGACCCAGGCUGUGUGGGGGGAGAUAGGAGUAAAGCUUAUGUUGGUGAUUGUAUUCUGUCUGCACAUUGAUAAAGUUUGUUUCGCUUGCACUAAG